AUGCAUAGGCUCUUGACGUCUGUUCUCGUGGUUGUCUUGGCGGGCAGGGAGGCAGCAGGAAAGAACUUCCCUUUCGAAUCUGUCCAGCUCUCGCAGGCUGAUGCCAGGAGUUUCCCUGCUAUACACUUUGGCAACAGACACGAGCCGCCACCACACAAUAGCGCCAUUCCUCGAUGCCGGGCUUGGCCAGGCAGCAACGACUGGCCCAGUGACGAUGAAUGGAAGAGACUCAAUGUCUCUAUUGAUGGGGCACUUCUGAGGCCUAUGCCGGCAGCAGCGGCGUGCUAUCAGGGUGACUUAUACAACGAGACGACCUGCCAGUGGCUUCUCAGCCAAUCAGGAAGAACACAUUUCUGGUUGGACGAGCCCCUGACAACGCUCACUCAGUGGCCUCAGGGGAGCACAUGCACAUUGAAUCUGAAUCCUCAGGGGACCUGCACGCGAGGGGGUUUCCCUGAGUACGUGGUCAAUGCCACCAGAGUGAAGCAAAUCCAGGCUGCGGUGAAUUUUGCACGGAACAAGAAUAUCCGUCUUGUAAUCAAGAAUACUGGGCACGACUUUGGGGGCAGAUCUAUGGGAGCUGGGUCACUAAGCAUCUGGACGCACAACCUCAAGAGUUUCGAGUUCAUCCCUCGGUACACUGUAGGGAGCUACUCUGGGAUGGCCGUCCACGUCGGAGCUGGCGUGGAGAGCUGGGAGUUGUUCAACCACAUGGCGAGGAACAACUGUAGCGUUGUAGCCCCAGGUGGAUCAACCGUUGGCGUCGGAGGGGGAUGGCUUGCCGUUGCCGGGCAUGGAGUGCUGACCUCUAAGUACGGCCUGGGUGCCGACCAAGCCCUGGCGAUCAAUGUCGUUACCGCCGACGGCAAAUUCCUGACGGUAGACCCCAAUAACCAACAAGAACUCUGGUGGGCACUCAGGGGCGGCGGGCCGAGCACCUUUGGUGUUGUCACCUCCGUCAUCUUCAAAGCCUACCCCCCCAUCACCAUGACUAGCGUACCCUUGAGCUUCGAUGUCAACCGCAGACCCCCAAGCAGCACCGUCCCGUCACCCGCCACCAGCACCCUCCCGGGCACCGUCCCGCCAACCAAUGGCCUCGCCACGGCCAGCGACACGGCCACGUUCUGGCGCGGUGUAUCCCUCACCUACCGCUACUGCAACAAGGUCAUCGCCGCAGGCGGCAUGUGCUACAGCUACAUCUACUCGCUGGGCAACGACUCCUUCUCCUUCACCCACAGCCACUCGAUCCCCAACAUCACCGCCUCUGCUGCAACAGCCUUGAUGAAGCCGCUCUUCACCUCCCUGCAAGAGGAUCUCAACAUCCCAGUCACCCUCCCCAACCUCACCGACCGCUCCGCAAGCCUGUACGCGGGCAACGGCCGCCGCACGGGCUCCGCCAACCCAGUCAACACACGCUACCGCUCACGCCUGUUCCCAUCCCACUUAUGGGACGACGAUACGGCGUGGAACGCUACAUUCGCCGCCAUCCGCGCCGGGGUAGAGGAAGGGGGGUACACGUUCCACGGCAUCGCCUACUCGCCCACGGAGGCAAUCGCGGGCUGGCCAGGCGCCGACAGCGCCGUGAACCCUGCGUGGCGGGCGACAGCGCUGCACGGCAGCCUGAUGGACGUGCAGCCGGAGGGCAUUUCGGCGGCCGAGGCGCGGGCAAGGGACGCGAGGGUGCAUGCCUAUGUGCAGCGCUGGAAGGAUCUGACGCCGGGGGCCGGCGCGUACAUGAACGAGGGCGACCCGGCUGAGAUUGGGUGGAAGUGGAGUUUCUACGGGAAGCACUAUGCAAGGCUGCUAGAGAUCAAGAGGAAGUGGGAUCCCUGGGCCGUGUUUUGGGCGCAGACGACGGUUGGGAGCGAGGCGUGGGAGGUCGUUAGCCUGGAUGAUUACCCGGCCGGGCAGAACGGUCGUUUGUGUAGGCCCAGGGGUAGGCGAGCGGAAUGA